ACAUGCUGCUCGGCCUGAAAAGGCAGGGGGGAGCCGCGGCGGAGGCAGAGAGCGCGAGCGAGGCACCAGCCCGCAGCCCGCCCCCCGCACAUCCUCAGACGCGCAGACACUCGGCGAGGCGCUGCGCGAGGUGGAGGUGAGGGCGGGCGCCAGCGAACUCGGAGAGGGGCUCGCUCACUCCCAGGCGAUCCCAGCCGCCGCCGCCGCCGCCGCCGCCGCAGCAGCAGCUUCCUUCCUCAGACUCCCCUCGAGAGGCUGGCCAAGCGGGUGUAGCCGUUGGGGGAGGCUCCCGCUAGGGGAACCCGGAGAGCACCAGAGCAGGGCGGCCGCCUCCCGCUCCGGCCGUCCGGCGGUCGGUGUCCCCGCCCGCGUGUCCGUCCCGGGUGCCGGGCGAUGUGUGUCAGUUUACGCCUCUGAGAUCUCACAUCUGCCUGGGGGCCGUGGGAUGCCUAAGGCAAGUCUUGGCUUUAAUUAUUAUCAUUAUUAUUACGCUUGGCUUUCGGGAAAUAUUCGUGAUGUUGUAGGAUAAAGGAAAUGACACUUUGAGGAACUGGAGAGAACAUAGAUGCGUUUUGUUUUUGAGAGGAAACCGUCCCCUCUUCCCGGCUUGCUCUCUCUUUGCUGAUUUCAGGAGCUACCCUCCUCCUGGCGAGGUGGGGAUUCCAGCAAAAAUAAAGGUGAAGACGGGCCGCCAGGACCCAGGAGAGAAACACUGACCAUUAGAGACCUUGGCGGAAGACACUGUAAGGAAGAAAACAAGAGAGAGAGAAAAACACAAAAGACUUAUAAUAAAUUGUACAAGAAACCUACAAACCCAGCUCCGGAGAAAGCCUCCGUCUCCAAAAUGGAUAUGUUUCCUCUCACCUGGGUUUUCUUAGCUCUCUGCUUUUCGGGAUGCGAAGUGAGAGGCCAACCAGACCCACCCUGUGGAGGUCGUUUGAAUUCCAAAGAUGCUGGCUACAUCACCUCUCCCGGUUACCCCCAGGACUACCCCUCCCACCAGAACUGUGAGUGGAUCGUCUAUGCCCCUGAACCCAACCAGAAGAUUGUCCUCAACUUCAACCCUCACUUCGAAAUUGAGAAGCACGACUGCAAGUAUGACUUCAUUGAGAUUCGGGAUGGGGACAGUGAAUCUGCAGACCUCCUGGGCAAGCACUGUGGGAACAUCGCCCCGCCCACCAUCAUCUCCUCGGGCUCCAUGCUCUACAUCAAGUUCACCUCCGACUACGCCCGGCAGGGAGCAGGCUUCUCCCUGCGCUAUGAGAUCUUCAAGACAGGCUCUGAAGAUUGUUCAAAAAACUUCACAAGCCCCAAUGGGACGAUCGAAUCCCCCGGGUUUCCCGAGAAGUACCCACACAACUUGGACUGCACCUUUACCAUCUUGGCCAAGCCCAAGAUGGAGAUCAUCCUGCAGUUCCUGACCUUCGACCUGGAGCAUGACCCUUUGCAGGUGGGCGAGGGGGACUGCAAGUACGACUGGCUGGACAUCUGGGAUGGCAUUCCACAUGUUGGCCCCCUGAUUGGCAAGUACUGUGGAACCAAAACGCCCUCUGAACUCCGUUCGUCGACAGGGAUCCUCUCCCUGACCUUUCACACGGACAUGGCUGUGGCCAAAGAUGGCUUCUCUGCACGUUACUACCUGGUCCACCAAGAGCCGCUAGAGAACUUCCAGUGCAAUGUCGCUCUGGGAAUGGAGUCCGGCCGGAUUGCUAAUGAACAGAUCAGUGCCUCAUCUAGCUACUCCGAUCGGAGGUGGACCCCUCAACAAAGCAGGCUCCAUGGUGAUGACAAUGCCUGGACCCCCAACUUGGAUUCCAACAAGGAGUAUCUCCAGGUGGACCUGCGCUUCCUAACCAUACUCACGGCCAUUGCCACGCAGGGAGCGAUUUCCAGGGAGACCCAGAACGGCUACUAUGUCAAAUCCUACAAGCUGGAAGUCAGUACUAAUGGCGAAGACUGGAUGGUGUACCGGCAUGGCAAGAACCACAAGGUAUUUCAAGCCAACAACGAUGCAACCGAGGUGGUUGUGAACAAGCUCCACACGCCGCUGCUGACGAGGUUUGUCAGGAUUCGCCCUCAGACCUGGUUCUUGGGCAUCGCCCUCCGGCUGGAGCUCUACGGCUGCCGGGUCACAGACUCCCCCUGCUCCAACAUGCUGGGGAUGCUCUCGGGCCUCAUCUCCGAUUCCCAGAUCUCCGCCUCCUCCACCCGCGAGUACCUGUGGAGCCCCAGCGCAGCCCGCCUAGUCAGCAGCCGCUCCGGCUGGUUUCCCCGGAUCCCUCAGGCCCAGCCGGGUGAGGAGUGGCUUCAGGUAGACCUGGGAGCACCCAAGACGGUCAAGGGCGUCAUUGUGCAGGGAGCCCGCGGAGGAGACAGCAUCACCGCAGUGGAGGCCAGGGCAUUUGUGCGCAAGUUCAAAGUCUCCUACAGCCUAAACGGCAAGGACUGGGAAUACAUCCAGGACCCCAGGACCCAGCAGCCAAAGCUGUUUGAAGGGAACAUGCACUACGACACCCCUGACAUCCGAAGGUUCGACCCCGUGCCGGCGCAGUAUGUGCGGGUGUACCCAGAGAGGUGGUCACCGGCGGGGAUAGGGAUGCGGCUGGAGGUGCUGGGCUGCGAGUGGACAGACUCAAAGCCCACAGUAGAGACGCUAGGCCCCACCGUGAAGAACGAAGAGACGACCACCCCAUAUCCCAUCGACGAGGAAGCCACGGAGUGUGGGGAGAACUGCAGCUUUGAGGAUGACAAAGAUUUGCAGCUCCCUUCAGGAUUCAACUGCAACUUUGAUUUCCCGGAGGAGCCCUGCGGUUGGAUGUAUGACCAUGCCAAGUGGCUCAGGAGCACCUGGACCAGCAGCUCCAGCCCAGACGACCAGACUUUUCCAGAUGACAGGAAUUUCCUGCGGCUGCAGAGUGACAGCGGAAGAGAGGGGCAGUAUGCGCGGCUCAUCAGCCCGCCGGUCCACCUGCCCCGAAGCCCCGUGUGCAUGGAGUUCCAGUACCAGGCCACGGGCGGCCGCGGGGUGGCGCUGCAGGUGGUGCGGGAAGCCAGCCAGGAGAGCAAGCUGCUCUGGGUCAUCCGCGAGGACCAGGGCGGCGAGUGGAAGCACGGGCGGAUCAUCUUGCCCAGCUACGACCUGGAGUAUCAGAUUGUGUUCGAGGGAGUGAUAGGGAAAGGACGUUCGGGAGAGAUUGCCAUUGAUGAUAUUCGGAUAAGCACUGAUGUCCCGCUGGAGAACUGCAUGGAACCCAUCUCAGCUUUUACAGGUGAGAAUUUUAAAGUGGACAUCCCAGAAACACAUGGAAGAGAGGGCUAUGAAGAUGAAAUUGAUGAUGAGUACGAGGUGGACUGGAGCAAUUCUUCUUCCCCAACCUCAGGGUCUGGUGCCCCCUCGGCCGACAAAGAAAAGAGCUGGCUCUACACGCUGGACCCCAUCCUCAUCACCAUCAUCGCCAUGAGCUCCCUGGGCGUCCUCCUUGGGGCCACCUGCGCGGGGCUCCUGCUCUACUGCACCUGUUCCUACUCGGGCCUGAGCUCCCGCAGCUGCACUACGCUGGAGAACUACAACUUCGAGCUCUACGAUGGCCUCAAGCACAAGGUCAAGAUGAACCACCAGAAGUGCUGCUCCGAGGCAUGACGGAUUGCACCUGAAUCACGGCUGACGUUUCAUUCCAGCAAGAGGGGCUGGUGAAGAUUACAUUUUUUUUCCUUUGGAAACUGAACGCCAUAAUCUCGAUCAAACCAAUCCAGAAUAUGGAAGGUAUGGACAGGACAGACAGGCAAGUCGAGGGAGGGAGGGAGAUGCAGCCACAAAGGGGGUGAUCACCCACCUCGGACUGCGGUGGCUGAGUCAUUGCAGGAACGGGGCUGUGCUCUCUGCUGAGAAAAAGACAGGAGCUCAUCUCUUUGGGAUCACAGUUCUAUUUUGUUUGUGAGUUUGUUAUUAUUAUUAUUAUUAUAUUUUAUUUCUUUGGUCUGUGAGCAACUCAAAGAGGCAGAAGAGGAGAAUGACUUUUUCCGCAUAGAAGCGGAGCAGUGAUCAUUAUUCUCCGCUUUCUCUUUCUAAUCAACACUUGAAAAGCAAAGCGUCUUUUCAGCCUUUCCAUCUUUAGAAAUAAAACUCAAAAGAAAAAAAGCCGUCCAGCUUAUCCCGUCCUCUGAUUGUCUCAUGACUUAGGGAUUUACUGUGGUGUAGGUUCUGCCAGCCAACCCUACAAGCUGCCGAUUCCAGUCCUAGCAUUUAAGUAGGAUGUUGUUGCCUUUAACUUUUUUUAUCCAGGGGAAUAUUGCCAUUUUAGGGUCAGCAUGAACAGCUCUUUCUUGUAUGCGAUUUAAAACAAACCAGAAAGGAAACUUCACACAUCAAGAUCCACAGAAGCACCUCCAUGUUAGAAGCGGACGAGCCUUCAAGUGCUUUGUGAGUGAACAGGAGCCAUUCUGUAAAUCCAGAGCUUGUGGCGGUGAGGUUCCCUUGUGGGGCCUCCAGUGGUGGUUUUGCCUUUUCUUUCCCCUCCUCCUUGUUGUUCUAAAACAUACACAUAUACACAAAUGCGUGCACACA